AUGGCCCUGUCCCUAUACAACGUGUGCGCCGUGGUCGGGGCUUCAACCCUCGGCUACGCUGGACUGCAGCUGGCGUCGGCGCUGCGCUUCCACCUCCACGGCUCCAAGCUGCAGCGCUACCACCACGGCACGGACCCGUGGGUGCUGAUCACGGGGGCCAGCGACGGGAUCGGGCUGGCGUUCGCACAGGCGUUCGCGCAGCGCGGGUUCAACGUGGUCUUGCACGGACGCAACGCGGCGAAGCUGGACAAGAUCGUCGCGGACCUGAAGACGCGGUUCCCGACCACCGGGUUCCGCACGCUGGUGCUCGACGCGACGACGCCGCCGGGCCCGGUCUUCGACGAGACGGUGCUCGCGGCGGUCAAGGACUGCAAUCUGACCGUGGUGGUGCACAACGUGGCCGGGUCGGGCGAGCCGCAGUUCGAGAUGGUGCUCUUCACCGAGAUGCCCACGCGGCAGUGCGACGGGUGGAUCAACGUCAACGCGCGCUUCACGACGCACAUGACGCGGCUGCUGCUCCCGAUCCUGCAGCAGCGGCAGCCGGGCCUCAUGCUGUUCGUCUCGAGCGCCGUCACCGAGCUGACCACCCCCUACGUGUCACUGUACACGGGGGUCAAGGCCUUCAUCGAGGCCUUUGCCGGCGUGCUGAAUAUCGAGAUGGCCUUCAGCGGCCAGGAUGUCGAGAUCAUGUCCCUCGUCACGGGCACCGUCGCCACCGCCUCCUCCGGCAGGUCCGACGCCGACAUCUCCUUCACCAUGCCCAGCACCCACACCUACGCCAAAGCCGUCCUCGACAAGGUCGGCGUUGGCAGACCCAAGGUCACCCCCUACAUCGGCCACGCCGUCCAGCUCGGCAUCUUCCACAUGCUCCCUGGCUGGCUGCGCGUGCAGAUACUGUCUCGCAUCGUGAAGAAGACCGAGACCAAGGCUGCGAAAACCGAGUAA